UGAAACCAGAUGAGUUUCUGCUCUCAUCCUCUCUUCUCUUCCUCUCAGCCUAUGAACCAGAUCGAGUUUGAUGAAUCAGUUUCGAUUCAGUUUCUUCAUUAUCUGGCUUCAUAAAUCGAUUUUAGGGUUUCGUCUGUAUAAUGAUUCAUCUUUUCGAUUUUAGUUUGUUCGUCGGAGUUCGAACUUAGAAGAACUGAUCUUCACUCUUAGAUAAUCGUGAUAAAUCACCUGUUCUACUUUGUUUAAUUUAGAUUUAUUUUUAGAUGCAUAUGGGAAUGAAGUUAAUAAGUUCACUGAGAAACUACAAGGGGUUGGGAUUGCUUCUGCCAGUGCUGAUGGUGCCAUCCUUAACAAGUUCUAAAGGGGAGUUCAACAGGUAAAGAACAACUAAAAGGCUUCCUGGUGGAAAUAUUAAGAUGAAGAUGUCCAUUUGCAGCUUAUCACAGAAGAUCAGGGUUUAAAACUUGACAAAGUACAUAUCGGAAUGCUCGGCACUGCAAAAAAUGUCACCGUUUCAGUUGAUGACACCAUUAUUCUGCAUGGUGGUGGCAACAAGAAACUCAUUGAAGAAAGAUGCGAGCAGCUUAAGACGUCGCUGGAGAAUAACAGCGUCAUGUUUGACAAGGAGAAGGCACAAGAGCGGUUGUCGAAGCUGUCAGGAGGUGUUGCUGUCUUCAAGGUUGGAGGAGCUAGAGAAACUAAAGUCGGAGAGAGAAAAGACAGGGUCACAGAUGCUUUAAAUGCUACAAAAGUUGCAGUGGAAGAGGGUAUUCUUCCAGGUGGCGGUGUUGCUCUUUUGUACUCUUCAAGAGUGUUAGAUAACCUUCAAACUGCAAACAACGACCAAAAAAGAGGUGUGGAAAUAAUCCAGAAUGCAUUAAAGGCACCAACAUUUACGAUAUCUAGGAUAUCAAGAUCUGCGGGUACCUUUAAAUGGAAUUGCACAUAUUAUUCUACUAAUGCAUCUGGGAAGAGAUUGAAACGAAUGGAAUCGACGAAAAAGAAGAGGCAAAAUCAGAUACUACUUGUCAGGAGUGUGGUGCUAGUUUUCAGAAUCCAGCUCACUUGAAAUGAGCCAUUCUCUUGAGGGCAUACAUUUUGUAAUGGUCAACAUACUUGUUGAUGAAUAUAUACUGUGUGAAGCAUUGUGAGAAACUCCUGAAUGCAAUGAGAACUUGAAUGUACCACCUGUGAAGCUCCAUCAAGUGAGGAUCAGUUUCAUGCUGCUUAAUCUUUUGAGCUGAAGGAAUCGUCUAUGUUAAAGAUGGAUAAAAUCUGUAGGAAGCCUGAUGUUAUGUAGGUGGUUGCACGCUCUUAUGGACUAACUGGCCUUGUGAGGAUUAGUUGGAAGGGAAUGUCCCUAUAUAGAACGCUAGAGUUCCAUCUUGUAGUCUCCUGGCCUUGAUGUCAUUUACAUGUUGAUCACAAGCUGUGUUGUUGUAAUUGCUCCUCCCAUUUUCCAUGACGGUUGUCUACGUCUUCACUAUGUAUUUGACCGUCUCUUUUAUCUUAUGUUCUUCUCCCUGGUUUGGUAUGACCACAUAGAAAAAUUACGUUUAAGUCAGCAACUUAGUAUGACAUGAACAAAAAAGGCAAAUGCUAACUCCUUGUGCGUGUGGCAGGAACACACAGUGAUUGAAUCGAAGGAUGAUAAUUUCUUGGAUGAUUUCCGAUUAAAUAACAGGUUCCCGAUAGUGGUUCAUGGAGUCACAACAUCAAUGGAGUGAAGCAUAACACUGACGUGUGGGAUAAAGCUAGGAUCGAUGGUGACACUGAGAAUAGCAGCUCAUAAGUCCUUUUUAAUUACAUCAUACUUAACUAUAUACUCUUGUGGGCGUGGAUCGACACUACUGACAUGUUUACUUUUCAGUGAGGUUAUGUGGUUCUUGGUAACAUCAUGUUUAUAGUACCGAUAGCCUUCGCUUUGCCUCAUUUAAUUCACAUAUCUUGAUUGCAGGUUUGUUGGGAUACCUUCUAUCAAGGAAGGGUUUGAAUCUCCUUCGGCAUGGAAGUCCCCUUGGCUUAUGAACUGAUUGGCAUCUGAUUGUUGCUUUUCAAUGUUGUAAGUUUUGUAAGUUAAAAUGUAGGAAGUUUCUAUGAACUCAACAAGUUUUUUAACUUAGAAUUUGAUAUUUACAAGAAUUUUGGUACUUGGAAGAAUUUAUGUUCUUCUUUGAUUGAAAGUUAUAUGAAUUGACUGAAUGUGAUACGAAUGUGAUGUAACU